CUUAGUGAAUUUGCCCCAGUGAGUGAGGGAUCACCAGAAUAUUUGAAAAAAUGAUUUGUUACAAUAAGCGACUGUACGGGAAGUUGUCGCAUGGCUGAUACGAUUAGAGGGGGUGAUACAAACUGGGGGUAAUAAUAAUCCCUCGCAUUUCAGGUACGUUUUGUGCUCUUUCGAUUUAGUCCCAAUUUGCUGGAGGGGACUUUUAGUUCACCUAGGAAAAAUACCUAAGCUUUCAAAAUAAGCUGGAAAUGUUUCUACUUCUAUAAGAAGAUAUAAGCUUUUAAUAAAAUAAUCUUUCCUAAUACAGACACAUAUAUAACAAACAUUAUAUUUAUGCAGGGAAAUCCAACUGAUUUGGAAAGCCCUGUGUCUCCUAAAUACCCCAAUGUAUAAAUAUGAGGAUUCCUGAGAUGCAUAAAUCAAAAACGACCACUCCAGGUAUCUGCACACUUUUAUAAAGUUAGUGUUUUUUUUUGUAAAAGCCCAGUGUCGGAACCCAGAAUUUCCCCCCCCCCCGUUUUGUAAGAAAUUGGAGGGAGGACUGGGCUGAGCAUGGGGAGAGGGAGAACUACACUGAUUACUUUACAGGCAGGUAUUCAAAUCUCCCGCCCACGCACUGCCUGUUGGGAAGGGAUGUAAAGCAGAUUCAUAGUGCGGGACUCCAGGAAUUAGAUGAUAGAAAUUGGUGUCUGGUUUAUGUCAGGGCUACUCGGCCGAUUCCCCCUCUCCACCUCUGAACUGAUAAGAGCAGCAGUACAAGGUGAUGGCAGCUGCUGAUCUGAGAGCUGAGCUGACCUGCUGCAUCUGCCGGGAAAUUUAUACUGAACCAGUAACCCUGCCAUGUGGCCACAACUACUGCCUGAUCUGUAUUGGGAGAACAUGGGACUGGCAGGAGAGUAUAGAGGAAGAUCCGUCCUGCCCUGAAUGUAGGCAAAGAUACAGGAGAAAACCUGAACUGCAAAGGAACCUGACACUGAGGAACAUAGCAGAGCAAUUCCUUUCUACUCACCCUGAGCAGGAUGGGACUGGGAUCCCUGAGAACAUGAAAUGCUCCACACACCACAAGUACCUGGAGUAUUACUGCUGUGAGGAUGGGAACCGUAUCUGUGUGUUCUGCUGGCAGAUGGGGGGGCACAGGGGCCACAGGGUGGAGCUGCUGAGUGAGGCCUCUGAGAAGAAGAAAGAGAAACUGAGAAAAGUUCUGGAGAAACUGAGGCCAGAGAGAGAGGAGACUGAGAGAGGAGCCCAGAGACUGCAGGAGCGCAGGAGAGAAGUGGCAGAAAAAUCAGCCGGUGAGACAGAGAGAGUCACUGCCCUGUUUAGAGACAUCAGGGAACAUCUGGAAGCCCUAGAGAAGCGACUCCUGAGUGACAUCUCCAGCCAGAAAGAGAAGCUCUCACUCACACUCACUGAUCUGAUGGAGCAGCUGGAAAUAAAGAAGGACGAGCUGUCCAGGAAGAUCCGUCACAUUGAGGAGCUGUGCAACAUGGCAGAUCCACUCACUGUCCUACAGGAACGGGAAUCACAUGCCUUUUGUUGGGCUGAGGGGGCAGAUUAUGUGUGGUGCCAUGAGAGAGAUAAUAUAGAGGUAAGGGCUGUAGGGGAUCUGGAUGUGGAUCUGAUCUCAGAGACAUUACUCACAGGCUUAUCUGCCAUUGUCACUGGGGUAGAGGGAAGGUGGUACCCUGGGCAGGAGGCUACAGACCUGUUACUGGAUAGAAACACGGCUCAUAAUAAAUUAUCUGUCUCAGAGGACAUGAAAUCUGCUUCCUACUCACUAACAGAACUACAUUACCCACAAUCCCCAGAGAGAUUUCAAUGUUUAUCUCAGAUUUUAAGCACUAGGUGUUUCCUCUCAGGGCGACAUUACUGGGAAGUGGAGAUUGGUGAAUGGGGGAGCUGGAGGGUAGGGGUGGCCUAUCCCAGUAUAGAGAGGGGAGAGGCUUUGUCUUGCAUUGGAGAUAAUAACAAGUCCUGGAGUUUGUGCAAAUUGAUUAAUAACUAUACAGUGACACAUAACAAUAAAAUCAUUGAUUUACCGCACGUCCCUUUCUGCAGGAGAAUCAGGAUCUCAUUGGACUAUGAGGCCGGACGUCUGUCCUUUUAUGAGCUGAGUGAGCCAAUCAGACACUUACACACCUUCACUGCCACAUUCACUGAGCCCCUUCAUGCUGCAUUUGGGGUAGGGGGGGUUAAUGCUUGGUUCAGAAUUACUAUCUAGGACAUUGCUCUCUGCCUAGCAACCAAUUCCCAGAGCUGCCCCUUGUACAGUUAUUAUGUCAUCAAUGGCAUCAUAAUAUAACUCACUAGAGUUAUGGAUCUUCGGAGAAAAAAGACAAAGAUUCCACAUCAAGGUGUAGAUUAACGUAAAUAUAUUAAGUAAUUACUCAAUGUAACAGAAUGAAGGGAAAUAUGGAGGUCACUUUCUCUCCUUCAGGUCCAUCAUGGCUUCCCUCUGGCUCAUCUGUUGGCUCAUCUGUUGGCUCAUCUGUUGGCUCAUCUGUUGGCUCAUUCUAGUUACAACCUAAAUUCCUGUUUAGGAACUUCUUUAGGCUGCCUCCUGUCAUAUAAAUGGGGUGCUCACUGUUAGAUCAGAUUUAGGGGAAAAUAAUGGAGGACAGUGAGGCCAGUAAAUAAUGGAACCUUCCCCUGUUUAACAUGUAAUUGUUGACAGCGAGGGAAGGUAAUUUACCAUUCACAUAAAGAUCUUCUUAUCAAGAACCCGAGUGAGUUACAGUACACGGGGCAGAAGUCAUAGAUGGUCAAGGAGCAGAUACUUGAGAGAGAACAAAUCUGCCAAAAUAAACCAAGCUGUGACCUGACAUUGUGUUGAUAUCAUGAAGGGAAUAGAUAAUGAAUUGCUAAAAAACAAGUGACUGGGUGAAUACAUACGUUGGCCAUUAUUUCACCUUCUGCUUGAACAGGGAAUAUGAACUUCACAAAAUCUUCCAGUAAAUUUAGAUUUUAACUUGUGUUUUUAUAAUAAAGUUUUAUCUUUUACAGAUGCUUUUGGAUUAAUCACAUCAUUUUUGGACUGAAAGAUUUAUUAUAUGGGGUAUUCAAUUUGAUAACAUGUUUCAAGUGAAUUUGUAACAUUUUGUUCUUUUUAUGGUAUUGUGGAAAUCUGCUUGUAGUACAUAGUGCCAAGAGAUGGUCUAGUGUAAAUUGUAUAUUGUAUGUAGCAAAUGUUGCUGCAUUAUUGUCCAAGAUAUAAAACAACCCUAUGUACAAUAAAAGCUUUUGAAGUUUA